AUGCGGCCGGCUAAGGCCAGCGCCCCUCUGCCAGCGCUGCUUCUCCUGGCCCUAGCUUUGUCCCUGCCUGGGACCCAGGGACGGCCCCGCGGGCGCAGAGGUGCGCGCGUCGCCGACCAGGACCCGAAGCCUUUGGUUUUCCUCCCGGCCGGGGCGCGCCAGGCUCCCAGCGCCGCCCGGAGCUCAGAAAUAUUCCCAAGAGAUUUGAACUUAAAAGACAAAUUCAUAAAGCAUUUCACAGGGCCAGUCACAUUUUCAGCUGAAUGUAGCAAACAUUUCCAUCGACUUUACCACAAUACCAGGGAUUGCUCCACACCUGCUUAUUACAAAAGAUGUGCUAGGUUGCUAACACGAUUAGCAGUGAGUCCACUGUGCUCGCAAACCUAG